AUGGAUGAAACCAAUAACUCUUGUAAGGAUUGCCAAGGUGUUGAGGAGUUGCAUAAAGACGUCGAGCAUUUGAGGCAACACUUGGCUGAAAAGGAUGCUCAUUUUGUAGCUCUCGAGACUGAGUACUUUAAGUGUAAUGCAAGGGCAACUGACCUAGAAGACCAGGUUAAUACUUGGAGGGAAAAAUAUGAGAGAUUGUAUGAUUCCCACAAGAGAGUUCAAAAACUAAAUCAAGUAUUAGAAGACAAGUUGCUACAAUUGGUAGAUAAGAUGAAGAGUGAGAAAAGUCAGUUAACAAAGGACAUUGCCACUCUGUCUGUCAGACUGGCAGAAUCAAAGCAUAAUUAUAGCAUGCUUCAGAAGGAAAAUGAAAGAUACAAAAAUGAUAUGAACUUGGCAAUACAAUUGCUUCAGUGCAAGCCAGACAAUUUUGUUUCCCAAAAACUGGAUAAUCUUCCUGUAGAUACACAAGCUCGAGUUUCUCAAUAUGUUAUGUCUAAAACACCAAAGACUGCCAGUUCUGCAGCCUCUAAGACUGGGAAUGAAAUAGAUACAUUUGAUGCUAGUGAAUAUGAAUUCAAUAUAUCCGCUUCACUUAUGACUAAAAUUCUUGAGGAUAGUAUUCAAGAUACUGUCACAAAGCACUGUGACACAUGCACUUGCUCAAAGUCUCAGAGCAAACCAUUUUGCUACAAUGAAAGCUUUUAUAGUAUUGCCACACAAACACAUCUGAGUGGUGAAAUGAAAAAUUCUCUAUGUCUCAAUUGUAAUGCGGAAAUCAAAUCUCUUCAAUCUGGCCUAAGUGUCAGAAGCAUUUCUCCUCAUGGUGUUAGAGUUAUCAAUGAAAAACUAAACAACCACAGCCCCACACCAAUGUUUAUUGUGCCACAAAUCAUAGAACAGAAUGAAAUUAAUGUGCCAUCUAUUGAAGUUAUUAAAACAAUUGUUCCUGAAGUAAUGGUUGAGGAAAAACCAAAGAUAGAAGUUAUAAACCGAGAGUGUAUUCCCAAAAUGGAAGAUAUGAGAAAAGACACAGUUAAUGUUGAACCAACAGUUCAUCAUAAAUUGUGUGACCGCACAAAGACCUCUAUUUCAAGCAAUAAGGACAGUAUUCAAAGUGCCACUGAGGAUCUAUUACUCAAAGACAUUCCAAAUGCUAAAGAAAUUAAAACAAAACAUUCCAGCCCAUUCAUAGAAACUGGAAAUUUCAGGAAGAACUCUCAAAGUUCAAUGGGAAACGGAAGUCGAACAUCUUCGAUAGCUAAAUCGACAGUCAGCACUCAUAAAUCUGCUAACCAAGUGGGGCCAGGGCCUAGAUUUUGCCACUUAAGGAUGCAGGCCGGAUCAAAAAACAUUUUAUUAGACAAUGCCGAACCAGACGUUCCCCCCGUGUUAUAUAGGAGGCAGAGCAAAAACGAAAAUUCAAUAUUCAAAGAUCUUCAUGAUGGGAUGGAUAAUUUUAUAGACCUAGAUAGAACCGAUGAUGACAUGAAAAUAAAUAAAAAUGAAAGUGUCGUAAUUGAGACGACACUUAUAGAUGUUCAUGUCGAUAAUAAUAUGAAAGACUCCAAUUCUAGUAACAAGAGUAAUUCAAUCAAUCCGAUCUUAUUAAAUGUCGUAUCCUCAUCGCCAUUGCAGCCGUUGAAAACGCAUAACUUUACUCCAAAUAUUGAACAUGUCAACAAUGAACAAAGUAUUGCCAGCCAACAAAAUUCUUGUGAAGUCGAUAACCUGUUAAGUGAUUUCAGUGUAGAAAACGCCAAUUCCCAAAAAGAAGUGAUAAUUGAAGUCGAGGAUAGUAAUAAGAAAGAUGUAACACCAACUGAUAAUCACGACGUAAAAAUAUUUAACUUUGACCGCUACGAACAGAACAAAGUGACCGCUCAAUACAACAAGCCAAUGAAGAAAAUCGAUAUGUCGCAACUGCAUUCUCUUGAAAACACCAAGAUCUCAAAGGACCUGCCGCCUCAAGGGCUGUUACCCACCGUACAGAAAAAGGCCGAAGCGGUAAAGGUGGCGCCGAACAUCGUCAACGUCUAUCCGAAUUUGACCCAAACACAUCUCAAAGUUAACGAAACUACGAAAAUUUUUACAAACGAACAGAGCACUAGUUCAAUGUCUAGCGACGAUAGCGCUGCGAUACUGCAAAAACAACAGUUGUUGCGUGUCGCGGAAUGGGUCGAAAAGAACUUGGAGCAACAGAACCUGAACGAUCCAUUGGAAGACGAGUGCUUUGCGAGUCGGGCGUUGAGGAGCAACAACAAAAUCCACAGACUGACCGAAACCCUGAACGAGCUGGCUCUCAACAUGCCACACCCGGUCAGCAAAUACUCCAAGUCGUACAGAGACGCCCGCAACAGUUGGAUCCACAACAUAGCGACGCACGCGAGCCAAGACAAGGCAGCGAAACAUACGGCAAACGCAAAGCUAGUGAACAAUGUCGGCAAAGAGACAAUAUUCCCGGUCGAGAGCGGAGAAGCCACGGUCACGGAGAUCAAUAACGCUAAAAGUCCUUCGAGCAGCGACUUCGAUGCGAACAAAGAGCUGCGGGAGGCGAACAAAGAGUUAAGGGAGGCGCUCAAGGGAGCCGACAAGGAUAUAUCGCCGGAGGACUUGGCGCGUAUGGAAUACAACGUGAAGAAAUUUCUGCUAAGCGGACCCUAUUGGAACCCGAACGAACCCGGUAGAAGCCGACGCACAAGUAGCAAAACUGAGACUGAUGUAUAA